AUGCCUAGCGUUUUCAGAAGAAAUGACACUUCAGCUGCCUCAACACGUUCGCAGUCCAAAACCGCCCAAUCCCGAUUUCCCGGUGCCAGAGGCAAUACCAAAGGGUCUGGUAACGAUGCCAAAAAUCAAGUGGACGACACUAAGAGUGACGUACCUUCAAAUCAUCUUACGGAGGUGGACAGGGAGUGGUUCAACAUUCGAAUCCGGGACCUUGAGGAGAAAUUGUCAAGGGCUCUUGAUGAGCGUCAAAAGUUCGAGAGGGAAACCGUUGCGGCUACGGAUAUUCUCGACAAGUUGCGAACAGACAACGAAGACAUCAUUCAAUAUCUGCAUCGUAAGUUGCAAUCAAGAGAUGAUCAAUGUGCAGAGCUCAAGGAGAGACUCAAAGGGCUGCAAAUGGCCCGUGAGAAAGAAAGUGAAGACUACGAACGAGAAUUGGAAGUUUCCAAACGGAUGUACGGCAAUAUGGAACAGCGUCUUACAAGUGAAAUCAAACUGUUGCAGGGAAAACUAACGUCUUUGGAGGAAUUUCGAAUUCAAAAAGAUCUUUUCGAAAACCAAAUCAAAGAGGCCCAUGAUAGUCUCAAAAGAAAAGACGAGGAAUUGCCAAUGCACCUGGAACGGAUGGAGAGGCAGACCGUUUUGCGCAUCGAGACGAUGAAAGAGGAACACGCCAAUGCCAUCAAAGAAAUCGCCAAGGAAAUGGAGAAGAAAGCCAUAACCAAGCUGAAUGAGACAUCGCGUAGAGCCCUGGAAGAAAACACUAUGCUACUGCGCCAAGUGGCUGCAGUCGGGAGCAAACUUGUGACCAUUGAAUCGCAACUGGCCACGUCUAGAUAUCAGAAUCAGGGGCUGAAAGCCCUGCUCAGCCGAAUCGAAGGCAAACAUGAAGAAGCAACUAAACAAUUGGCGAAGGAGAGAAGUAAACGAAAGACGCAAAUGGACAUUGAAGCCCUUCUUCAAAGGAAAAUCGUACAAUGCGAAGAGCUUGAGAAAGCCGAGUCGGAAUUGCGCACUGAGAAUGUCAGUAUGCAAAAGCGAAUUAUCCAAUAUGAGCAAGAACGGUCGAGACAGCAGGAAACGCUGGCCGAGAUCAGUCACGCAAGCGAAAAGACACGUGACUACCUUUCUAAAAACAAGAAGAAAUGCGAAGCUCUUUCGCAAGGCAUUCAGUCUGCCAAGCGAAUUAUGGCUGCAGUUUUGGCGGCUGACAAAGAAGACAUUACUGCAGCUAUGUCUCAAGUGGUUGAUUUUAUCAACGAAGAUUUCAGUUCCUAAUGAAACGAAUUCAAUUGCUUUUAGAUGAUCUGAUUUUACAAUAACCGAGCACUAAUGUACGCUGAUCAUUAAUUUCAAUUCAUGUAGCCUGGAUUGUGUACCAAUGUGAACCAUAUACGGCAAUUUCAAAGCUAUCAUCAGGUGCCAUCUAGAAAUCGACGCCAAAGUCGAAUGGGCAAGUUUCAGGUUUCGAAGCACGUGUAGUCCAUAUUCGGAUGGCAUUGGGUAAACAUCUGGGGGGGAACGAAGAAGAAGCAACUCUCAAACGCAAUAAACAACUAAUCAGCUAUUCCGAAAGAAAAAAAAACAAGCACGGAUUCUAUAACCUGCCCAGCUAUCUGUCGACCUUGAUUUUAUUAACUGGUAGCUCUAAACGAAACGCGCACUGUAAGUAUUGUGAUCAUUCUGAUCGUCGAUAACAAAUCGUAGUAAAAAAAAAAAAUUCCCCGUUCAACUCAGACAACAGACACUAAUAAUUUAUACCAAAAAUCCCCUAUGAUGUCUACAAGAGAAAUUAUUGGUGAAUAACUUGCCAAACAAGGAAAAUCCAAUGUCAUAGAAAUUAUUUUUUUAACUACUUGGUACUUGCUAUACUUUUGAUAUACUGUGGAUUUACCGGGUUGUUGCCGGGUAUUUACCAACACGGUUUUUGCACUCAUUGUUGAGGACCGUAGCUUACGUCAACAGAUUUCUCUUGAAAGGGAGAAAACUGUGCUCCCAAAUUGAAAACUAGAACAACUGAGGCGAAUAACCCCGCCAAUUACUUAUAGAGAUCUUGCCAAGCUAAAAAAACGUGGCUCAACGUGGCUAAAAUCACGUUUUCUUUGCGGUCUAUAGUUGAUCAAGACAUAAUAUGGCAAGUUGACACAGAAAAAAAAAGUUUCGUGGGUCUCUUAUAAUUAUUUCGUAAACCGGAAUGAUCAGAUCGUUGGCCAAUAUAUAGGUUACUACUACUACUAUUGCUUUGCUGAAUUAAGCCAGCUUACAUUAAGGUAGGAUUGUUCUGGAGAGCCUGCAGACAUGAGAAAUAUUCCAAAAUUCCAUUUAUGAAAUUGAGUUUUUUUCUUUCUGCAUGACGUCUGCGUGAUCAAGCUCGUGCCUUUUCCUCCUGACCUUAUCCGCUGCUGUUGUAGAACAAGAUUUUUAUUUCUGUCCUUUUUUCUAUCUUAUAUUCACCGUCGUCACUUUCUUCUUUUCUCCGGAUUGGCGAGCUGUUGGCAAGUGUCGAUCACAGCAACAGCAGCAGAGAUCAACGAAUCGAGCGGCCUUAUAAACCACCGGCAUUCGUCUCACUUCCACACCAGUCGAUAACGGAACACAACCGCGAGAAAAUCAGCGAAUAGAAUCUGACUAAAAUGCUGGCUAUUAGAUCACUAUUCGUCUUCGUCUUGUUGGCGUGUAUCGCUUCCUCUUUGGUCUCGGCCGCACCACAGAACCGAGUUUCGCGUGCUGCCAGCGGAUGUUUCCUUCCAUUAUCGAGAGGUAUCUGCAGAGCGCAUUGGGUUCGAUAUUAUUUCGAUCCAUCCAGCAGAUCGUGCCAGUCUUUUGUCUACAGUGGAUGCGGUGAAAAUGGCAACAAUUUCCACUCGCUCAACGAAUGCAGAUUAGCUUGUCUAAACUAAAUGUGAAAAACGUUUCAUUUUUUGUUUUGUCCAAAUUUAUUCCUUUCUUUAACUUGUUAAUUUGAUGACAACUCGAGACAUUUUAAUCUGUAAGUUUAUUUAUUCCAUCCACACUACAAAUAAAGAUUGUUUUUCACAAAAAAGGGAUACACCCAUUUUAUUUUUACAGUGACAACUGCGUGCGUCCCCAAAGACAAACUAACAAGCAAAUAAAUUAAAAACACGCAUCUUUGAAUGCCGGUUUUUACUUCGUUGAAUUCAAAUGGCAUGGAUGGUAAUGUAACAACAGGUUCAGUAUUAAGGUGUGGUCGGUGGUGUCUUCAUCAAGGAUGAGCUGGGAAAAACCCUGAGCAAAAUUUGGGCGUAUUAUGUAAAAUCGAAUUGCGAAAAGUUUUUUUUUUUAAUUAAUUACUUUAUUUAUUUAUGUAGUGCUCUGUCUUAUUUAAUUCAAUCUAAUUAGAUUUCCUAAAAGAAAUAUUCUGUUUUUUGGACAGAUCAUGUUUCGUACAGUUUCCUAUUAAUUAUAGUCGAGUCAGUCUAUACAUCGUGACGUUGUGAAAAUUCAAGUACUGUUAUUGAUCAUAGUUGAUUAUCGUUCUGUAAAAGAUGAAUAAUCGUGCGUUCAUACCUUGUGGCUUCUAAGCUUGCUUCUACGUCUUUACAGUGUAUUGACCCUUUAGACAUUUGGGCGUUUUCUCUGCCAAGUUUUCAAGGCCCCCCCUUUUUUUUCAUCAAAAAAGGGGCCGACGGCCGAGACGGCGGUUCGUAGAGAACAAGUUUUUACCGCAAUUUCCAAAUCUGUAAAACAAUAACUUUUUUUAAAAAACUGGAAGUUUGUUUUUAGAAAGGUAAUUUGAUUUUUUACUUUACUGAGGGGGGUGGGAUGAAUUUAGCUUUAAAGUACCUAAGUAUUACUUAGGUACUGGUGACUAAAUAUAAUUUCACCUUGAAAGUGUUUCAAUGUGAGAAAUUACCAAAACUGUAGCGAGUCACCUGAUCAGCAACAGAAAAUGAAUUGGGCAAUUGAAUGACAAAUUUCAAGGGCGUCGUGACUUAACGAUUCACAAAAUUAUUCGCUGGAAAAUUAUUCGCGUUCCUUGCAUUUGACUUUUGACAGAUAUUUAUUGUGCAACGUAUGGAAAUGUUUCUUUGAAAACAGCAUUUGACUAGCGGCGAAAGAGUUUAACCGUGUCUGAUUCCAGGAUAUUGAAGGCAGCAGGCAGCUAAACCAGUCCUUCACACAAGGCAGAAAAAACGUAUUUUUCGGGACCUUUUUCCCACCUCGUCCUAGUGCGUCUUACAUUUUGAUUAAUCAAAGGCCAUCCACACCAAAAAGCCUUUUUUUCUUUUCUCGUUUGGGCAUAUUACAUAUAUAGACUGUGUUCAGGCAAAUUAAAUGACUGGUCCUUUUCUGGCUUUCAGCCAACUAAGAACCAAGCAUCACCUAGCAGAAACUGUUAUCAGAUACGAAAUUAAUGAUUUUUAAAUGUAACAUAAGACAAUCUUAUUUAAAUAUUUUUACCUAUGCACUAAAGUUAACAGUAGAGUCAACUGAUGAUACAGCGAAUAAUGCUGCACAAUAGAAAUUAUUCGGUACUUUAACUGAACAUAAGUUUCUAUGUUUUCCGAUUUCGCCCAGUAAAAAUAACAUAGCGAAUAAGAAAAAUGUGCGGAACCUGUUCUUUCUCUCUUGAAUCGAAGACGCCGAAAAAUUUUGAGAACAUGUAAACCAGUUUGCUGUUUAUGCGCUUCGUUUUUAGAUGUAUCUAAAAUCGUGAUGUUGCUUAUUCUCCACCCUGUGGACAACUUGUUGAUGAUCAAGCUUGAUAAUUUUUUUUUUCAAGGAUGACUUGCUGGCGAAGACUUCUGGAAUUUGCCAGUUACGGAAAAGGUGUGACCAGUCGCAGACCCGACCUAUAAAAACCCGCCAUCCGACACAUCUUCCUCAGUCGAACGCAGAUAUUGCUCAGUACAACCACUUAUUACUCGCAAUAUCCAGUAAUUUUCAAACUGAAAAUGUCAUUCAUUAUCCUGCUCUGUCUUGUUGCCUUCGCUUCGGCUGCUCCCCAACGAGCUGCCGUUCCAGUCCUUCAAUUAGACCCCGUUUGCCUAUUGCCUCCAGUUGCUGAUUCUACACAAAACUGCAAUAACUACUCCGUCAAGUACUAUUUCGAUCCGGUCGAUGGCGACUGCGAAGAUUUCCUUUAUUCCGGAUGCGGCGCCACUGAAAAUGUUUUCAACUCCGAAUUGGCCUGCGAACUCCGCUGCGAAAAUGUCCACGAUCAAUUGAACAGUCACGAGAGCAUCGAGGUCUUCGGGCGCUAUUGGGAUUAAUUGCAACGCACAUCUUUUUUCAUGCUCUGUUUCAAUCGUGCAAUAAUUUUUUUUCAGUUUGAUGUGUUUGUUGAAUUUCAAUCCAGGUUAUACUGUACCAACUUAUUAUUGUUGACAUUUUUCUCAAUCCGCAGUUAUCUUUUUUUGUUAACUUCCCAUGUAAUCCGAUAUAAAUACAGUUGAAGUUUGAUUAGAA